AUGACACUGAAGGCUGUAACAUUUGAAUUAAUUGUGCAAAAGGAGGACAGGAAGGCUGAUUUCUGUCAGACCGGAAGUGAAUUCGUCCGGCUUGACUUUUAUUUUGGUCCUCCGGUUUGGUGUCUCCGGGAUGCUGAGCAGGCGGGCGGGGCAGUGCGCUUCUGUGGCGUGAUGUGGCAGGACAACCUGAGCGGGCACGCAUCUGAGCCGAACGCGCAUCCUGCACCUCCCGGACAUCUUGAUCCUCUCUCAUCGGGAUUCGUCGGUAGUGUUGGGAAACAUUCGUCUCAGGGAUCCCUCCGGUUUUUGCAUCGUAGCUCGUGGAAGUGCGCGCGCUCCACCAUGGCGUGGCCCUGUAUCAGCAGGGCGUGCUGCAUGGCCCGCUUCUGGAACCAGCUGGACAAGGCUGACAUCGCCGUGCCUUUGGUCUUCACCAAGUACACGGACGCCUCUGAGAUGCAGCACAUCCAGCUCCAGCCGCCUCCCCAGGCCCGGGUCGCCAUAGAAACGCAGCCCUCUCGCGCAGAAGCCCGAGCCGCUACGGGGGCGCGCGGGCCGCGGCGGUGCGUCUCCGAGGAGCGCGUGUGCAGCUCGGUGAUGCGCGAGGACUUUAAGCACUGGAGAGUGCGACCGGAACCAAGCUGCAAGCCCAAGAACGAGUACCACGAACCGGAAACACCGUUCAACAGCGAGACUCAGUACCAGAAGGACUACAAGCCCUGGCCCAUCCCCAAGAGAAACGACCACCCCUGGAUAACCAAACCCCCAUCCACCGACGAACGGGCACCGGACAGGUCCAGGCACGUGAAGCAGCACGUGGCCCUGGCGGUUGCGGAAUGCGGUGUGGAGAAGGGCGCUAUAGCCGACAAGGUGCAGGAGAAAGACCUCCUGCAGGGCCAAGAGCGGAAAAAGCGCUCCAACAAGCUGGAUGGGCAGAAGAAGGUGGUCCUGAAGGGGGAGAGAGAGGGCAGAGGGAGGGCGGCAGUGGAUGCCCUGAACAGACAGAUCAAAGAGGAAAUUUCAGCUGGAAGCUCCUACAAGACUGAGUUCAAGGCUUACAGAGAUGUGAAGCCGGUGAAGAUGAUCCGCGCCAAGUCGCAGUAUCUGCCGCCGGACGAGAAGACCAGCCAUGAGACCAGCUACAGUGCCACCUACAAGGGUCAAGCCCCGCUGCAGCCCACCGAUAACAAGGCCCAGGAAAGGAGGAGGAUACGCAGUUUGUACAGCGAGCCUUACAUAGAACCCGGAAAACAGGUUGACAGGUAUAGUGCCCCCCGCUCUAAACCCAAAAAGUCUGGCGCCACGGCGGCGGGCCAGGGAAAGGCGGCGAAGAAACCCAAAGAUAAGCAGGGGGCCGCGCUAAGGGGCUCCAAGAAGACCACCUCAGAGAACCAUCCUGAGAGCCGGCCGGCGGUGGGGGACAAGGAGAAAAGUAAAGAGAUCAACAACAAACUGGCUGAGGCAAAAGAGUAAAAAUCAUUUAGCACUACUUCUUUUUUAUUUUUAUUUUGGGGGAAACAAAGGCAGAGGCUGCAAAAUUAAUCCCCAGGUCUUCAUCUUUGUUCUGGUCUGUCUCCUCCUCCCUCUUCACUCCCUUUCUGCCGCUCUGCUUCACUCUUCUUCUCUGUCCUCUGUCACUACCUCUUGGCUACAUUUGUACUACAAUACUCGAAUAAUUUGUCAGGGUCUGAACAUGACAUGCCACUGCUCUUCCCAUCUCACUCCACACUAGAUUUCUAUAGUAACGAGUGGGCGGGCGCAUCCUCCUUCCUGUCUCCGCCAUUUGAUGCCACCCACCACCCCCACUCUGCUCGCCUCCAUCUCCAGGUUGCCAUGGCUACUGGCUGCCUGGCCAACCAAUGGAUGACUCUUGUUGCAUGGGCCCCGUGACAAGCAAGUCUGAAGGGUUGGCUUUGAUCAGCUCACCAGAUUGCUUUGUUGAGUUUAUCAAGGAUUUGUUUCUCUCUUUGUGUUCUUUGUUUUUUGGAAGAAAAAGUUUCUGGAAUUGGCACCUUGGACUACUUUCCUGCUUAAAAAUGAACAGCAAAUUUGAAAAUCUUUGAUAAAUGUUGUUGCUUGGUUAUUCACGCUGAGUGUCUGACCCCAGCCGUCUCUGCCGCUGGCCGCCUGUUUUUGUGGAUAUUUCUCUGUCAAAGCUUUGUGGGAUUCUGUAAACCAGUGUUUCUUUUCAUUUUGAUUCUGUCGCGGACAAAAACUGAACAAAAAACCUUGUUGUCCUCAUAUGCUCCUUCGAUAUGAUGCCCCUGCACACAGCAGCAGUGUGUAAACCGGUCCAUAUGGGUAACCAUCUGGAUCAUGUUUAAACUGAUUAUGCACCAGUCGUUUGCUUCGCAGCCGAAUAUUCUCAGUGAAUCAGGAAACGAAGGCGUGUCGAUGUAACCUUUAACAUCAGAGCCACGUAGGAUAAGCAUGAAGGAGCUGGAAAAUAUUGUUUUGAGUGGAGCGGUGUCCAUCCCGCCUGCCCACAGCUGUCAGACCCUCCAGCCAUAACGACUCACACAGUCUCACUCAGUCUCUGAUAACAAGACCGGUCUCUCUGUGAAGCCACAGUGUGCUCUUGCGUUAGCAUGCAGUCGUAUACGCGCCUCCCUUUAUUUCUUUUUGUUAUGCACUCCGCUUAGGAUGACCGUGACCAAUGUGAUUAGAGCGCUACGGGAUAGCAGAUAGCUCAUGUUGCAGCUUAAUGGCAGCUCUCACAUCACCUCGGAAGAGAGCGCCAGACGGACGAAUCAGAUUAAUCGGGAAAAGUUUUGUGGUCAUCUGUCAAGUUAUUUUUAUGCAAAUGUUUUCUUCUGAUAUGAACAGUGACAUGUUGGUAUUUGCUCUGUUGCUGGAUCCAUGUUUAGCUUGUUUUGUCCAGCUCUGAAGGACAAACGGCAGGUUGUCUUGAUGCUGCUGAAAUGUUGGUUUUCCGCUGGUGACUUGACAUUGUUUCAGGUCGGAAAUGGGGUGAAACUCUGGUGGGUGCAGAUAUUCUCAGUGAGAAGAGAGAACUUGCAGUAGGUUAUGUUUAACAAUCAAUUUGUUAGUAUACCAAGAACUCUAUUUCUUUCUCUUAUAUUUUUCUUUAUAUGCUAUCAGGGUAAAAGGAAACGCUUUAAAAUGUCCAAAGCUCUGCUUAGGAGAUGUACACACACACACACACACACACACACACACACACACACACAUAUAUAUAUAUGGAAACUGGGCACG